AGCGGCUCCCGCCCCUCGGCGCUCCAUGCCGGCUGCCCUGCUCCCACUGGCCUCGGCUGGCGCGCGUCGCGGGAGAGUCGGCGCCAACCUCGCCGGCGCGUCGUCGCGUGGACAGCAGCCCCGGCCUCGCCGUCUCCGUCUGCGCCGGCCGCUCCUGCCAUGGGGCCACCGCGGGGCCCCUAAAGAGUUGCGGGCCGGCGGCGCGCGCUCGGGCCAGCGUCCCCACGGGCAGGCUAUGACCUAGGGCGCACCGGGGCCGGCCUCCAGGUCACGGGGCGAAGGCGCCGGCGAGCCGGACGAUGAGUUUCCGCAAGGAGGACGGCGUGAGCAGCCUGUGCCAGAAGGCGCUGCACAUCGUCACCGAGCUCUGCUUCGCGGGCCAGGUGGAGUGGGAGAAGUGCUCCGGCAUCUUCCCUCCGGACCGCCGCACCCCGGGCGGAGGCAGCACAGAUAUUUCCGUCAGCCUGUUGGCAGUCGUCGUGAGCUUUUGUGGGCUGGCCUUGCUGGUCGUCUCGCUUUUUGUUUUCUGGAAGCUGUGCUGGCCGUGCUGGAAGAGCAAACCCGUGACUCCCAAUGUCACUGCCGUUCCCCAGAGCGUUUCCAGUGCUCCCACUGAAGUCUUUGAGGCUGAAGAGAAAAAAGAGGUUAAAGAGAACGGAAAGCCAGCUCUCAAAGCUAUGGAGCCCGCGAUAAAAAUCAGCCACACUUCCCCAGACAUCCCGGCAGAAGUCCAGACUGCCUUGAAGGAACAUUUAAUUAAGCAUGCACGCGUGCAGAGACAAACCACGGAGCCCACGUCUUCAUCCCGCCACAAUUCCUUCCGGAGGCAUCUGCCACGGCAGAUGCAGGUCUCCAGUGUGGAUUUCAGCAUGGGCGCAGAGCCCGUGUUACAAAGAGGCGAAACCACCACCAGCAUCGGGAGGAUCAAACCAGAGCUCUACAAACAGAAAUCCGUCGACUCGGAGGGAAACAGACAGGAAGAUGUCAAAACCUGCGGGAAGCUGAACUUCACCCUGCAGUACGAUUACGAAAAUGAACUUCUCGUGGUGAAAAUCAUCAAGGCCUUAGACCUCCCCGCUAAAGACUUCACAGGGACCUCUGACCCUUAUGUCAAGAUGUAUCUGCUGCCGGACAGGAAGAAGAAGUUCCAGACCCGUGUGCACAGAAAGACCUUGAAUCCGCUGUUUGAGGAAACGUUCCAGUUUCCAGUAGCAUAUGACCAGCUGAGCAACCGGAAGCUGCACUUCAGCCUGUAUGACUUUGACAGAUUUUCUAGACACGACAUGAUUGGAGAAGUGAUCCUGGAUAAUUUGUUUGAAGUCUCUGAUCUCUCCAGAGAAGCCACGGUGUGGAAAGACAUUCACUGUGCCACUACAGAGAGCGUAGACCUGGGGGAAAUCAUGUUCUCCCUGUGUUACCUACCCACUGCUGGGCGCAUGACACUGACGGUCAUCAAGUGCAGAAACCUCAAGGCCAUGGAUGUCACGGGCUCGUCAGACCCUUACGUCAAAGUGUCCCUGAUGUGUGAGGGUCGGAGGCUAAAGAAGCGCAAAACCACCACCAAGAAGAACACGCUGAACCCCGUGUACAACGAGGCCAUCAUUUUUGACAUCCCUCCGGAGAACGUGGAUCAGGUCAGCCUCUCCAUUGCGGUCAUGGAUUACGACAGGGUGGGGCACAACGAGGUCAUAGGCGUGUGUCGCACCGGCCUGGACGCCGAGGGCCUCGGCCGAGACCACUGGAACGAGAUGCUGGCCUAUCACCGGAAACCAAUCACCCACUGGCACCCCUUGCUGGAGUUACCUGGCCGGGCCACCAGUUUUGAUAGUCAAGGAUCCUGUUCUUCUCCCAAACCACCUUCCACACCGUAAUGCCUCCAGCAAGACCUUGAAACAGGAACCGGCGAUUGUGCGCUCACUGGACGAGAAAAUGAAUGGGAGGUUUGAUUUGCUCAUUUACAUAUGUCGAUGAACAAUCUUAUUGUGCAGUUUUUCCAUGGGAGUGUGUGUGUGUGUGUGUGUGUCACUUUGAACAUUGUAUACAUUUUUACUUGAAUACAGGUAGUCCUUAGUUAGCUAAGGCGUUUUAUCUUUCAUGGCAUUUGCCUAUUAGCACAGUGUUUGAAGAUGGUGUAAAUCUUUGCACAAAGAAGUCUUUUUUAAGGAAUCCAUGCUCAUGCUGCUGUUUUGAUUUUGUUACAAGUGUGUGUAUUUCCAGUUGUGCCCAUGGUUAUACAUAAUCAUUAGUGGAGACUUUGAACUUAACUUACACAGUGUUAAAUCCUUGCGCAUUCUUUCCUAGAUGAAAUUUGGUUCUGCCAAACUCAGAACUCUCUGAAGCUUGGUUUUUAAAACUCACAGGGAGAACUAUAAACUUACAGAAUCACUUUGAAUACUAACUUAAAGGAGUGGUGUUUAGCAGCUGGGAAAAACAGGUUGAGCCAUUUUGGCUACAGUUUUUUAUACUCUCACUUACAUGAGCUCAGAUACCUGUUGCAGUUUAUUCGCAAGUUUAAAAAUGCCAGUUAAUUUCCAGUGUAGCAUUGAUAUUUCUAAGUGAACUGAAACAGAAGUUCAUUUUUGCAUGAUUGUAGUGUGGCGUGUGCGUGUUGUGACACGAGCCAUCACGUGUAUGCUAUGUUUCUUAUAUUCUACACCAAAGGUACACAGAACUGUGCGCCUCUUUUUCAUUGUACGUGGGAAUGGUGAUUCAGACCACGUCAGAUGCUCAUCCCUGCAACUGGCUGUUUUUUUCAGCAAAGGAUGAGAGACUACAGGAAGGCCCAGUACGUAGUGCAGCUGCAACAUUUAAGGAAUAUCAGCAAACUCUGUCUGCCCCCAGGGAAGGCAGCAGUCUUUAUGAAGACAGGGACCGGCCCCACGCUGUCAAACUAUGCAAAUAUUUUCAAGAGGCAGAACUUUGUAUCAUUUCCGGUCCAGGCCCUGUUGGAAAAAAUCUCAAGCUACUAUAGUGUUAACUUUUGAGAUGUGUGGUACAUAGAAUAUGCUUGAAACAGGCAUGAGCUAAGAUACAAAGUUAACAAAAAGGCCAGAAGAUUUAGAAUAUAGAAACACGUGCAAUCAGGAACAGAAAAUGUUACCAGAAAUUACGCAUUUUUCAUAAAAUGCCCUCUUUCUAAACAUUAACAAAAUUUAAGCCUUGAAAUUGUGUCUGUCGGCAUGGCUUACAGUGAUGGAAUUACUAUUGUAAACAUGCAAAUAUUUUAUUGGUGAACAUCUGGAAGGCAAACAGUUCUCCUUCAGAGUUUUCAAACCUCCUCUAGCAUCUUGGUGAAGACAAGUAUUCCUCGCUACCCUCUCUUCCAUAAAACUAUAGGAGGAAGCUGUCUGCAGGUACGUGGCUGCCACUGGGCCGGGCAGCAUCAGGGAGUGACACUCCUCUGCCAAUUGGGAGGACCAAAGUUAAAGUGUACUAAUUAUUUUUACCCCAACACACAUUUUAAAGACCUUACUCAUCUCUAGAAGUGUCUGUUUCAUAACUAGGAAAAGCCAGGGCUUGUGAUGGAAAAAUGGGAACCAUCAGCCCAUGGGGGGAAUUUAAUAUGAAGAAUGUAGAUAUUUAUAAAUAUUUUUAAAAGUUUUAAGAACUACAAAUUUGUCUGCUAGGAAUUUGAGCAAACUCAUCCUGCCAGGAUAUAUGUUAAUCCCAGAAAGAGAAAGGGAAGGAGAUUCACACUUACUCAUCGUUCUUUUAAGAAUGACCAAGCAGGAAUGUUAAACCAGAUCAUGGAUAUUUUAAAAAGGUUAGUAGGGCCUUUUAAUUCACCACUUCACUCUUCACAGCUCCUCUUCGUC